CCUAUUCUGGGCCCCCCCUGGUUAUUCAGCAAUGCCUGCAUAUUCUCUCUCCUCUUUCCCCCCACCCCAGGAUCGCCAUGGGGCUCACAAUGAGGUGGAGCCGCUGUGCGUCCUGGACUUCUAUAUCCACGAGUCACUGCAGAGGCACGGCUACGGCAAGGAGCUCUUCCAGUGCAUGAUGCAGCGCGAGCGAGUGCAGCCCCACCAGCUGGCUGUGGACCGCCCCUCGGAGAAACUCCUCUGCUUCCUCCGCAAGCACUACAACCUGCAGGGGACCAUCCCCCAGGUGAACAACUUUGUGAUCUUCGAGGGUUUCUUUGCCGACCAGCACGCUCCAGUGAGGAAGUUGCCUCCAAAACGUGCUGAGGAGGAGAUAAAACCCUACUCUCUAACAGACCGAGAGUUCCUGAAGGAGGAGGUGGAGCCACCCUGGCCCUUCAACCAGUCGCAUUCGCUGACCCGCUCCAGCAGCCUGGGGAACUCGCCAGUUCGCACCUGCCUCAAGCCCUUCCUCAACGAGCAGGAGCUGCUGCGGAACCUGCGCCUCUGUCCCCCGCACGCGGCCGCCCGCCACCUGCUCAACGGCGAGGAGGGCGGGCCGGCCGCCCAGAGGCGGAGAACCAGGGGGAGCGCUGUGGGGCAGGACGGCCUGGUGGCUCAGCGGAGUUCCUACAGCCGCUACAGGAACCCCACCCCGUUGCCUGAGGGGGUGGCCAGCGGCGCUGAGAGGAGAGCGGAGAGCAGCCGAGAGCCGUUAAGGAAUCUCCAGGACUCAGACGGCCGGUUGGACAACACAAUGAUCACCAGCCCAUCACAUCCAGCCCUCCUACCCCAGCCAGGUGGGAUGGUCCGUCACUCUCCAGGCACCUCCCCUCCCACCGAGCCGGCCCUGACGGACAGAACUAAAGACCCAGGCAUCCGAGCGGCCUCGGAGUCAAAGCCCUCGGGCCGAGAAGAUCCUGUGGACUGCCUCCCUCCACGGCUCGACAGCAGGUGGUAUGACCGAGCUGGAGUGCCAUGGGGUAAGCCGCUAUCUUGGACAGUAGCAGGAAUGUCACGGGACGCCCAAUGGAUCCGCUACAAGCAGGAAUGUCGCAACACCAGGCCCUGGUGAGCAGGGGGGCAGAUAGCAGAAAGCCAGCAUGGCUGCAGAGCUCCAACCCUACAGGCCCAUCUAGUCGGGUGUCCUGGCUCCUCUCUACUGCACCAGACAGACCAAUGGGCCCAUCUAGCCUGGUAUCCUGCCUCCUCCGUGCCGGGACCAAUGAGCCCAUGUUGCUUGAUAUCCCAGUAUAAGCUUGAUCUUCUACUGGCUGGAAGGAUUACCCUGAAAUUCCACCUGGUCCAUCACAGCCCCUGGUGGCUUUUGUCUGGAAAGUUUUGGAGGGGCUGUCACAUGAGGUUUUUGGGGAGAGAAAAGGAGGCCCCAAGACCAGGCACCAGCGUCCUCCCCCUUCCCCUCCGCCCCAUGGUGUUUUCACUCUCGUUAGCACAGGGGGUAGUUGGCAGGGAGAGAGGAGCCAGGGAGGGGUCACUGCGUGGAGGGCGCAGAGCUGGAGACAUCAAAGCUGGACAGUGGGAAAGGUUCUCUCUAAACUCGUGUUUGGAUGGGAAAUUGGGUUUUCGAUGAGAUGGAAUUGUUCCAUGAAAAGCGACUGCUCCUUGUGGGGAAUUUCCAUUCCCUCCCCCCCACCUCAAAAAAAGAAAAUAUUUCAAUUCUGCAAGGCUGCCGCAGAGCCUCAUGGGAGUUGUAGUUCAGUUUAUUCAUGUCCCCAUUAUCAACUAUGGGUCAGGCUCCCUGGCUGGACUAUGUCUCCCAUGAUGCAUCUGCCUGUCCUCAUCAAGAGACUGUGGUGAAUCAUGGGAGAUGUAGUCUCUCUAGAAAGCCCAGCCUAGGGAAGAAUGUGGGGGCACAAAGACACUUGAACUACAGUUCCCAUUAUGCAGCAUGAUCAGGGGCUCCCAUGAUGCAACCGCCUCCCCUCUCGAAGAGCUCACAGUUAAGGCUGCAUAUCUGUCACAGAGGUCACAGAUUCCAUUACUUUUGCAGUGACCGGUGCAGCUGGAUUGGGGGGGCUCCCCGAAAGCAGCCAGCAUGUCCCUGCGGCUCCUAGAUGGAGGGGCCAGGGGGCUCUGCAUGCUGCCCCUGCUUGCAGGCACCACCUCCACAGCUCCCACUGGCUGCAGUUCCUGGCCAAUGGGAGCUGCAGGGCCAGAUCUUGUGGUGGGGGCAGUGCACGGAGCCCCCCUGGCCUUUCCGCCCUCUAGGAGAUGCCAGGGACAUGCCGGCUGCUUCCGGGGAGCUGCGCGGAGUCGGGUAGUGAGCCUGCCAGUCCCUCCAACCCCACCUAGCACCAGCAGGGGUCCAGGCAGUGCACCCCUACCCC